AUGGGAGAAUGUAUGGUAAGGGAGGUUGUCGAGUGGAUCUAUCAAGUUAAUACAGGUCGAGAUGAGCAGUUUUCGGUUAAUUUGAGGGAACAAACGUGCAGCUGCAGGAGAUGGAUGUUGGCGAGGUUAUCCUGUCCACAAGCGAUUGCUGCUAUAGAGACGAUAUCAGAGAACGUGGAUAGUUUCGUCUCCAAUAUAUACUCCAAGGCAACGUUCCAACAGAUCUACGCCCCCAUCAUCUACCCGGUGCUGGGUCCGCAGCUAUGGAAGAGGACCAAGUAUCCUGAUAUUGUGCUACCCGAGAUAACCAAACUGCCUGGACAUCCCAAGGGUGCUAGACAGAAAACCGUUGAAGAGGCAAGACAAAUGACAAGAGCGAAGGCUCGGGCAGCCCGCAUAGUGAAGCUAUCCAAGUCGGACAUUGAGAAGAUAAUGGAGAAAUUUAGGAAACCGGGCGACGACGAUGUCUGA